AGCACACGACUUGGAGAGACAUGCAGGAAGUGAACAGGGGAAGUUUGGUGGUUUCUUGCGUCAUCGUUUUAUGCUGCUACUUGUGUGCCGUUGCCGAUUGAAGGGUGGAACAUUAAGAAAAACAAUGUCCUGACACUUUCAGGUGUAACAUAUCAGAGGAAACAACCUGCUCACACCAUCAUGCACUGAAGCAAAGGAAACAGCAGCAGCAGCUACACUGACAAAUCUGUGAAAUUGAAAUGUGCAGCGCCUCUACGAAGGCAGUGGCACAUUAACCGAGUUGGUCAACACAUCCAGGAGACAGUCAGUCUGACUGUGACGAGCAGAGAGUCUCUGGUGGGGGCUUAAUGUGAGGUGAAACACAACACAAAGGACGAGAUGAGGAGAGUCCGGAGGAAAGGAGGGCACAAAGAGAAGGUGUUUGGAUGCGAUCUGCUCGAACACCUGAGUGCCUCGUCUCAAGAGAUUCCUCUGGUGUUGCGAUGCUGCAGUGAGUUUGUGGAGACUCAUGGGAUCGUGGAUGGUAUCUACAGGUUGUCUGGAGUGUCGUCCAACAUUCAGAAACUCAGGGGGGAGUUUGAGGGCGAUGGGGCUCCAGACCUGAACAAGGACCUGUACCUGCAGGACAUCCACUGCGUCAGCUCUCUGUGUAAAGCGUAUUUCAGAGAGCUGCCCAACCCUCUGCUCACAUACCAGCUGUACGACAAGUUUGCUGAGGCAGUGGCCAUCCAGCUGGAGGAGGAGAGGCUGGUGAAGAUCAGAGAUGUUCUGAAAGAACUGCCAGCACCACAUUACAAGACUCUGGAGUUUCUGAUGCGUCAUCUUGUCAGAAUGGCCUCGUAUUCCUCAGAAACCAACAUGCACGCCAGGAACUUGGCCAUCGUCUGGGCCCCGAAUCUGCUCAGGUCGAAGGAUAUUGAGGUGUCUGGCUUUAACGGUACAGCAGCCUUCAUGGAGGUCAGGGUUCAGUCCAUCGUGGUGGAGUUCAUCCUCACACACGUCGCUCAGCUGUUUCCUGGACUAGACUUAUCAAACGAGAGGAGGAACUCACUCCCCUCGCCAACCGCAGCGUCUUGUGGGGAAGAAGUAUUUUUAAAAUCUGCAAGUCUUCAGCCUUUCCCGAACUUUGGUAACAUCAGUCCAGGAGAUGGUCCUCUACCCAUAAGGCCCUACCACGCCAUCAUUGAAGGAACAGACAAGAGGAAAGGAUCCCUAAAAGGCAGAAAGUGGAUGUCAAUUUUCAACAUUGGAGGACGAUUUCACGACCCACGACGGAGACACAAACACUCAGCCAAAGAGAAAGACCGGCCAAUUCUGAGACCUGCAAGAAGCAUGGACUCCCUCAGUACAUCCCCGUGUCCAAAAGAAGUAUCCAGACGUCCUGCACAGCACCCUCCUUCCACCAUAUCUCCCCUUGUCACCUCCUCCCCCCAGCCUGGCUCUGAUGUGUCAGUAUCCACCACCGGGAUAGGUUGCAGUGAAUAUGCAGUGACGUACCGCAGGGGGACAGGGUUAGUGAGUGGGAGUGGAGGGACACAGGGCACCUACACCGCCUUAGACCCUGAAGGUUUGGGAGUCACAGGGAGUGAGACUCUGCAGACCAGAUCCCCAGGACUCUCCACUAAAGUGGGCCGUAGAGCAGCCAUGCACAUCACGGGGCCCACCAUGGUCACGGUGCCCUUACACAUCACCUCCACCCUGGCCUUAGGAGUGCUGCAAGGGGGCGGGGCUGACAGGGUCAUCCAGAGAGGCAGGGAGAAGGAUGGAGGAGACAGGGUGGAGGGUACGGAGGGGCGAGACAGGAAGGAGAGCAUAGUCAAAGAGAGGAAAGUGGAGGAAGGCAGGGUGGAGGGCACGGAGGGAAGAGACAGGAAGGAGAGCAUAGUCAAAGAGAGGAAAGUGGAGGAAGGCAGGGUGGAGGGCACGGAGGGAAGAGACAGGAAGGAGAGCAUAGUCAAAAGGAGGAAAGUGGAGGAAGGCAGGGCGGCUGAGAGAAAGGAGAUGAAUCACAGGAGGACAGUGACGGACGGGGAACAAGUCGUAGAUGAUAAUGUACAUGAAGAAGCAGGUGUUGAUGAAGGUGCAGAAGGUAAAGGCAUAAAAGGGGAGGAGAAAGAGGAGGAGGAGGAGGUCAGAGGAGAUAGCAGAAAGGAGCCAGAGAUGGUGAUAAGAAAUCGAAAGGUGUCCAGGGAGCAACGAGUCAAAAGCCUGACCUCCAACACCAUGGAAGAUGAAUAUAUGGAUAUGAGAGAUGUGAUUGAGGUGACUCAGCCCGUCGAUGUGUUUGAAGCGUCUGACAUCCUCAACUCUACCGAGGUGGAAACAGACGACCUGGGCCUGUCAGGCUACGUUCAAGAUAACUUUGAAUUCCUGGACCAGAUGGACCACAUGGACUACGGUUUCACCUCUCAGGUGAACGAGUUCUCCGUUGAACCUCCCGGAGACUCGGAUGAUGAGUAUGAAGUCAUGGAGCAAUAUCAUUCCUCCAAUCAUCUCGCAGAGGAGCACACACACCAGCAGCCAAGCCCUGAAACACACACCCGGAGUCCUACCGAGUCAAACACACACAGGCCACUCAGCAUGGAUUCACACAGCAGACAUGCGAAAUCCCUCAGCUUGCCGUACAGGGCCUCUGCUGUGAUAGGAGCGGAGGAGUCCAGCUCUGAAGAGGAGGCUGAUGAUGACAGCAGUGACGAGGACGAAGGCAUGUUUGUUAAAAGCCUCCCAUGUGAAUACUUUUUAAACAAUCUGCCCGAGUUUGAAGCAUACAGUACAGACAGAUGUGCUCUGGAUGGAGUCGCCGUGCAUCAGUUGCAAAUUUCUGAAGAAAGAGAUAGUCCGUCACCGAACCUUGAAAGUCCUCCGCAUUACGAAUCAUCUGAAGAAGAGCAGGAGAAUGAAGACGUGAAAGACAAAGAAGAGAAUGCUGGACUGGAAGUAAGGGACUCAACAGAGAAGGAAGAGGAACUUCACCAGAGAAGAGACGUGCUGGAAAACAAAAGGCAAAGUGAAGCGACGGAGGCAGAUCCCAGUGUUGUUGAAGAAACACAAAGUGAAGAAGAACAAUCUCUCACUUUGGAUUCAGCAUCACCUCUCGCCUGCCCGGAGUGUCCAACGCCCAGCAGCGAGGAAUCCAGCAAUGUGGCAGACGUCAAAGUCGAGGAGAAGAGGGAAUCAGUUGAUGACCCUCAAACUGAAUAUCCAGCGUGUUGUGCUAUUUUCAAACAGGAAGAAAGUUCUGACUUUCCUUUCAAAGACUUUUCUGUUUGUGUAAUAGAAGAGCCCAGAUUCCAUGUUAGAGGAGAUGAUGAUGAAGAUGAUGAUGAAGACAGGGUUUCCAAAGAUGACUUAAGUCAAGAAACGGUUGAAGGAAUAAAAGAAAGUGAUGACAACACGAAGGAAGAAACAAUCAUGGGCGGCUAUGAGGAAGACAGCAAAGAGGAGGAGAGUGCAAUUUUGUAUGAACUGGAUGAUGUUGAGGAAGAUGGGGGGAUUACUGAGUGUGUUGUAGAAAGUGUUGUAGGGGAAGAAGAGGAGGGAGAGCAGAGGGAAGAUACUUCAGGGGAGAAAAAUGACGAGGAAAGAGGGACAACUGAGACAGAAGUUAGAAUAGAGAAAGGGGCAGCUGAGGAGAAGCUCCCAGACCCAGAAGAGCAGCAAGUUUGUGAGCAAAAAGAGACAGACGUACCAAAUGCAACUGAACUAGAUGAAGCAAUUCAAAAGAAGUGUGCUAAAAGCAAAGAAGCAACGCAAAACGACCGAGAAGAAGUGGUUUCUAAAGAAAGAGAAAAGGAGAACCAUGACAAGAAGAGAGGUGAUGUGCAACAAAUAAGAAUAAAAAGUAUAGAUAAUGAACUGAUAGAGGUCAAGUCUGGCAUUGGCAAGGCAAUGAAACACGAGGGGAGUGACGGUGUUAAAGGUGGGGUUGGUAGGAAGCUGGUUGUCUCCAAGCAACCGAAGUUUUACCAAGUGAAAGCGGUGCCGGUCGUGCCUCCGAAGCCGCAGCACUGCAAAAUCACCGCCCUGACGCUGAAACACCAGCAGCAGCAGAGAGAGAGGAGAGACGCAGACAGAGGGAGAGAAAACGCGCUGAAAGUCCAAACAGAAGGGGAUCACGUCUGCGCAGGAGGGCAGAAGAAAGACGGGGACGAUGAAAGUGAGGGGGAGGGGAAGAAGGAGCAGCAGCCCGAACAGAGAGGAGGAGAGAGAGAGAGGGAGAGGAGGAGGGAUCUGGAUGAAAGUUUAACGAGGGACUCGAACAGAAACAGUCCCCUCAGCAUGAAUUUUGAAGAGGCCGUUGCCAUCAUCACCAUGAAGCGGGAAAAGGAGAAAGAGGAUGAUAAGGAGAAGGAGAGGCAGAAGGAUUGGGGGAAUGAAGUAGAGUGAGGACAGCUUUUUUUUUUUUUGUUCAAAGUUUGGAAUGAAACUGAUUUAAAUGUGCAAACUAUUUUUCAGCAUGAAGCGUAAAGGGCAGAGCUUGCCUUUUACUGAUGGAGUGUUUUCUUUCAGGGUAAAGAUCAUCAACAGUAUUGUGAACACGAUGCUCGUAGAUAUGUUUAAGUUUUAUUUUAGUCAUGUGAAGAAACUUGGAUUUCAGUCAGGAAUCGUUGAGGUUUUUCACGGGAGGAUAUUUCCAUUUGUAAGACAGGAAACUGUAGAGAGCUGACACGCACCAUAUGUUGAGCUUUAUCCAGGGAUGAUGAUACGUUUUCACCGUCUUUGAUCCCCUAUAAGUCCCAAGGACGCCCAGCAACUAAAUACACAGCCCCAAAUGUAUGUUCUGCUGUAAAGUAAAAUUAAACAAAAAACAGAUGGGACCAAAAGGUGAAUGCUGCUGAAACAUAUUGAGGAUGGAUU